UCUUCUUUUUUGACAAGCUGCCUCUGCCAAGAAGAAGAAGCUGAAGCCCUCGGCCAGAGGCACAUGAGCAGACAUCUGGCCAAGCCAGAGAUUGACCCAAACCCGUAUUUCGGUAUAAAAGUGCCGGCCCAUCUGCAGUUGGUCAUCAUUCAGCUUCAGCGUCUUGCGACCCGAGCUCACCAAAGUUAAUCCAACGAACUAACGUAGCCCAACAACUCAACAACAAUGAAACUCUUCGUGUUCGCUGUGUGCGCUAUUGCCGUGGCCUCCGCCGAUGUCUCCCACCUGAACCUGGGCAGCGGCUACAGCUACAACAAGCCCACUCCCACCUUCAACAUCCCCUCGGCUCCAGUGUCGUCUUACCUGCCCCCCGUCCAGGAGGCCCCGGCGCCAGUCUACUCUGCUCCUGCUCCAGCUCCAGUCUACUCUGCUCCUGCUCCAGCUCCAGUCUACUCUGCUCCUGCUCCAGCACCUGCUCCUGAGUACCUGCCCCCUGUUCAGGACAUCCCAGCUCCUGCUCCAGCUCCAGUCUACUCUGCUCCAGCUCCGGCUCCAGUCUACUCUGCUCCUGCUCCGGCUCCAGUCUACUCGGCGCCAGCACCUGCUCCAGUCUACUCCGCCCCCGCCCCCGCUCCAGCUCCUGAGUACCUGCCCCCUGUCCAGGACAUCCCAGCCCCCGCUCCAGCUCCAGUCUACUCUGCCCCAGCUCCAGCUCCAGUGUACUCUGCUCCUGCCCCGGCUCCAGUUUACUCUGCCCCCGCUCCAGCUCCAGUCUACUCUGCCCCAGCUCCUGCUCCUGAGUACCUGCCCCCUGUCCAGGACAUCCCCGCCCCUGCUCCAGCUCCAGUCUACUCUGCCCCUGCUCCUGCUCCAGUCUACUCUGCUCCUGCUCCUGCUCCAGUCUACUCUGCUCCUGCUCCGGCUCCAGUCUACUCUGCCCCAGCUCCAGUUCCCGAGUACCUGCCCCCUGUCCAGGACAUCCCAGCUCCUGCCCCAGCACCAGUCUACUCUGCUCCCGCCCCAGCUCCGGCUCCAGUCUACUCUGCCCCUGCCCCUGCCCCCGCCCCAGUCUACUCCGCUCCUGCUCCAGCUCCCGUCUACUCUGCUCCCGCUCCCGUGGAGUCCGUCGAGUCUAGCGGCUACAGCUACAACGUGCCCGCCAAGCGCUUCCGCUUCUAAGAGGAGUCAUGCCCCGGCAGCUUGUUAAAUUAACAAGUGACUGCCACUCAUUAUUGUUGAAUGUUGUUGUUACACAAAGUUCCGUUGAGAUUUUAGACAUAAAUAUAAAUAAAAAAUAAAAAAUACAAAAAUA